AUGUCUGACGGUCUCAACGAUGCCCGCGCUAUCCGCGUAGCAGAAAUCAUGACUGAUUUCCGCACACUUGUACACCACCUGGCGACAUUGCGCCCAACACCCACUCCUGAAGAGUACUAUCUGGAUGGCUACUCUAUGCUAAGAGAAUGCAUGAGCGAGGCGCAAACAGUCCUUCAGACUCCCUUUUCUGGCAGUGCUGCUACAGGAACCGGAAACCCGGAAUAUGAGAAGCGACAACUACAGGCUAUCAUCACAGACGCAUCCAUCCGCCGCUUCCAAUGCCAACGAGCCUACCUCCGCGCAAACGCCGGACUACGCUGGGUAAAAACCCGAGCCGACAUCCUACAAGGCCAGAAACCAAACAUGAACCACAUGCCAGCACUACAGCAAGCCGAUACCACGCUCAGAAACGAACUCAUGGCCAUAACAGACACGUUUGUCGAACAAACCCUCCGCAGUGUAGACGCCGCUCAACGCAAAUGGCUCAACGAAGACCCAUCUCUUGCCCAGAUUCAACAGAUUCUCAUGUCAAGACGAUAG